AGGGAGUGUUCCAUUGAAUGCCAUGUGUUUCUUGCGUGGGUCUGGAAGGUGGCCUGCAUAUGUCCUUCUCUGAAAUGCUGAUUGAGAACAAUGAUGUUUCGGUCUGUCAGCGUAGGACUAGCCAAGCAUUCUCUGAACACCGGACGGAUUGACAAUCUAUUUCCCUCACGGGGUAACAUUCAAGGUGGUCUUGGAAGGACUGCAGGCAUUGUUCGGGAGUUCUUCAUUCGAGAAGCCUCUUUGGUCGUCGAAGGAAGAUUAACAAGAGGACUUCCUAAGGAAGUAAAAAUAGUGGAAGUCGGUCCUCGAGAUGGCCUCCAGAAUGAAGCCAAGUUGGUUCCAGCUGGAGUAAAAAUUGAUCUGAUUGAGAAAUUGGCUGACUGUGGCCUGAAGAAUAUUGAGGCUACAAGGAGAAUCCCUGGCAUUACAUAUUCAGCCCUUGUGCCCAACAUGAAGGGAUAUGAGAAAGCUCGUGCCCUUGGUGUUGAAGAGAUUGCUGUCUUUGGUGGAGCCUCAGAGACAUUUUCCCAAAAAAAUAUAAAUUGUUCAGUGGAGGAGUCCAUCAAACGAUUCUCUGAGGUUGUUGAAGCCGCAAGGAAAGAUGGAGUUCGUGUUCGGGGGUAUGUUUCGUGUGUUGCUGGGUGCCCUUAUGAAGGUCACAUAUCUCCAUCAGCUGUGGCAAAGGUGGCAUUGCAGCUAUAUGAGCUUGGAUGUUAUGAGAUCUCCCUGGGUGAUACCAUUGGAGUUGGAACCCCUGGGACCAUAGCUGCCAUGUUACAGGAAAUGGGUAUAGCAGUGGUAGAUACAUCAGUCUGUGGUCUUGGAGGAUGUCCAUAUGCAAAAGGGGCAUCUGGAAAUGUUGCCACUGAAGAUGUGGUGUAUAUGCUGCAUGGAUGUGGCAUACAUACUGGUGUGGACCUGAAUAAACUCAUCAAAGUGGGAAACUUCAUCUCAAAGCAUCUGGAACGAAGUGCUGGGAGUAAAGUAGGCCUGGCAUUGAAAUCUAAAUUAUGAACAUCUAUGUGACUGAGCAAAAUGUAUAGGGUAUAGUUUGAAUCCUGAAAGUGUGUUGUGUUUACUCAGAUUUAUUACUGUCUUUUGGAAAGCAUUUCAUGAUCUAUACUUAUUCCAGUUCUUAGUCCUUUCUCAGGAUAUAAAAUUUGAGAUGAAACUCUGGAGAAAAUGAGCUGGAAAUGUGAAGGACUUCAAUUUGAAGCAUCAGAGGAAUGAAAGGGAGACUACCAUAUACAUAAUUGAUUGAAGAAAGAUGAUGGUCAACAAGUUUUUUCAAUUGCUAUGCUAGAAGCACUUUUAGAAAAUGUUUGAAGAGGCUGGGG